CUCCUUCAGGGGAAUUAUCAGUAUUUUUAGAAAUGGGCGAUUUACUUAUAUGGUAAUACUAAACAGAAUUUUUUAUUGCUUGGCAUGCCAUAACUGCUUUUUAAAAAGAAAAAGCAAGUAUAUCAAGGGGGAGUUGUUGCCUGAGAAAGACCAGCUGGUUUGCAGACUAGAGAUCUUCAAAGUGAUAUUAUCUUGUGUAGGAGCUCAAGCCUGGGACGAUGGUGUGUAUUCCAUGUAUCGUCAUUCCGGUUCUGCUCUGGGUCUACAAAAAAUUCCUGGAGCCAUACAUAUACCCUCUGAUUUCCCCUUUCGUUAGUCGUGUAUGGCCUAGAAAAGCUCUACAAGAAUCCAGUGAUCAAAAUAAAGGCAAAGGAGACUGUAAGGGUGCAGAUAUAAAUGGAUUACCAACAAAAGGACCAACAGAAAUCUCAGAUAAAAAGAAAGACUAAAUCGAUUUUUCCAGAGGAGGACAAAAAAAGAGUAACUGCUGAGGCUGCUUAUGUAUUGUUUUCAAAAUGGAGCUGAUACUAUGAAGCACCUUUAUAAUUGUCUCUGACCUUUUUCUUUGAAACCAGAAUUCAGGAUAGUUUAGAUAUUUAUCUGAUACUAAUGAGGAACUACGUAGUAUUUAUAUUUAAAAUGUAUUUAGUUACACUUAAUGACUUCGUUCCUGAGUUCUUUUUUCAUCGAAGUAGCUUUCAUUUUUAUAAUUGCAGUUUUAAUAAUAUGAAUAAGUAGAAAGCUUGUGCCAGUAGACACUCUCUGUCACUGAAUCAGUAGUUAAGAUCCUUGGGCCACCAGCAUUCAUUCACAUGGAUUUGAUUGCUGUUUGCUCUCGGUUCUUUGGGCUCUUCUCAUUUGGAUGGAGUACAGUUUUACUGUGAGGCUGUGGAGGGAAAUGAAGAGUAGUGUGUUCUGGAGUUGAUAAUGACUUGAAACACAAAGAUACAAUUACUACCCAACAUGCAGCUUAUUGACAAGAGUAGUAAUUUACUAUUUAUUGCUCUGAGGAGGAUAGAAAAGAUAAAUAGGGGAAACUUCUUUGAAAAAUGAAAUGCCGUUUGCAUAAAUGGUCUGAUGUAAAUUAUACAAUUCUGAUUCUUCAUGCAUUCUUUCUAUUUCCAUAAAUGUAUUAAAUACUCAGUUUA